UGAACCUCUGGCUGUAAUCAUCCUCUACGCUGUGUCUGGCUGAACUUUGCGCAGUUUUUUUUACUUUGUUUUAUUAUUUUUUUUUUUUUGUGCCGCGUUCAGCUCCAUUCUUUCGCAUUUUGAGCCAUGUCUGGGCGGGGGAAGCAGGGCGGGAAGGCGCGCGCCAAGGCCAAGUCGCGCUCGUCGCGGGCCGGGCUGCAGUUCCCCGUGGGCCGCGUGCACCGGCUGCUGCGCAAGGGCAACUACGCGGAGCGCGUGGGCGCCGGCGCCCCGGUGUACCUGGCGGCCGUGCUGGAGUACCUGACGGCCGAGAUCCUGGAGCUGGCGGGCAACGCGGCCCGCGACAACAAGAAGACGCGCAUCAUCCCCCGCCACCUGCAGCUGGCCAUCCGCAACGACGAGGAGCUCAACAAGCUGCUGGGCAAGGUGACGAUCGCGCAGGGCGGCGUGCUGCCCAACAUCCAGGCCGUGCUGCUGCCCAAGAAGACCGACAGCCACAAGGCGAAAGCCAAGUAGAACUCGUCUGACAAACAACCCAAAGGCUCUUUUCAGAGCCACCCACAUCUUUCCAGAAAGAGCAGGAAUGCUUGAUCCUAUGAAUACAUGCUGUUGUUCUCCCUUAGGAGGCGGAGGAGUGAGUCACUGGGGCGUUGUGUUAAUGGAAAAUGUUUUUCCAGCAGAGAGAGAUAACGUGGGAGUGCCCGGCUGAAGGCUUGCUUGGAAACAAGAUAAGAAUCGAUCCACAGGUUUUCCCUGUCGUGGGAUUCCUCUAUGGCCUUCACCAGUAGUGCCUGAGAGAAUCAUGAGAACGCCAGCACAGACCAUGAUGCUAGCAACUUGGAAGCCCAGGAAAGAAAGAAGUAAUUAAAUGCGAGAAUAGGAGUUUUUCUGAGGGUAAAUUUUUUGUUUGUUGGUUUGGUUUUGUGUUUUGGCCCGGGUUGGUGGUGGGGAAGGGUACAGUCAGGGUUUUUUUGGGGGGGAUUGGUUAUUUUUUAUGGAGGAGAUUUCUUUGGUUUGGUUUCUUUUUCUUUCUUUUUAUUUUUUUCCCCCUUAAGGAAAAAUUCAAGUUGAUCCACAGGACAGGCAUGUAAUUAAAUGGAUCUGUUUAUGAACUAUUUACCACCACUGUUAGCACUUGUGCAAGCAAGCUGUGUAGUUCAGAAUUGAUUUCUGUGAGGAGAAAGAUUUCUUCUUUCCUCACAUCAUCUUUCUCUCUUCUCUCUGAUUUGAAAAAAGCCUACAGAGCAAGGAUCCAUUUACUUAAAACUGCCUAUGAAUUUUAGACAGCAUUUCUGAUACCAGUAAAUCCCUUUGGUUGUAACUAAUGUUACUAAUAGAUUAGACUUCACUAAGUUUGAUAGAUUUAACCAUCGAGCUUCUAGGUAAUAAGGAUAAGCAAUACCAUCUUCAGUUAAUAGAGGUCAUUGUUCUGAAGGUGUCCUAGUAUGCUUAGUAGAGAAGCCAUUUUAAGCAUUAAAUCACCUUUACCACUUUUCUAAGAAAUUUCUUUACCUCUUGUAAUAGUUUAUAUAUUUAGAGGCCAGAAAUGUGCACACUCUGCUGGGUGGAACUAUUUCACACACCAUGUUACAAUAGCACGAAGAUACAAAACCCUGUUUUAUACUGUUCCUUUUCUGAGGAUUCUAAACAUUCAAGUAACUUUCACUGUAGUGCCUCUGAGCAUUGAACAUGUUUGUUUUAUUUAUUUGUGGUUUUCAGAUGUAUGAAGUUGUUUGUUUUGGGUUUUUUUUUUGUGUUUUUAUUUCUAUUAGGAUCAAUCUGGGAGGUACAGUAAAGGUAGAAAAUGGUGGUGAGACAGUUCUAAAAGGUUAGGAAUCAAGCACAAGGGGAAGAUAGGCAGUGAAAUUGAAAACUGGUUGUAAAAUAAAGCAAAUAAAUGAAAACUCUGGAGGCCAGUGUUAUGUAAUGACACCCAAACACCUAAAGAUCGAGAAUCCAAAAAGUUUAUGCUAUAAAUGCCAUGGCAAGUACCCUGUUGCAUAUCAGGUAAACAAAGAUUUAUUUUGCUCCUCACCAAAAGGACGGUUGGAUUUGCCAUUUGAUCACCAAAAUCAUAAUGAUCCAGAAGUCCAUGUCCACAUGUCUAUAGGCAGUGAAGUUCCCAUUAGUUUCUGAUCCUCUGUGUGUGUGUAGACUGCUAAUUGCUGAAGGACCUUGCAGCCACAAGAAGUUCAUACAGAAUAGAACCAGAAGGGGACAGUGUUAAUAAGGUCAAUAAUUAAUUACUAUACUUAAUAGAAAAAUGAACAAGAGUGAAGAAAUGCUUUUACCUUGUAAAUGACUUGGUAACUUUCCUUCUCUUGUGUGGUGUUCUUCUGGGCUUUUUGUUUAUUUAUUUUCAGGCUAAACUGUCCCUCGUCUGUGUCUCUGCAUUUGGGGAUAACCAGCAAGAGCUACUGAGGGUUUCUGCAUAAACACAUCAAUGCACAAAAAAGGAACACUUUUCAGCACCACAGGUAAAAAAUACAUGCAUUAUUUUAAUGUGAUUUUUAAUGCUCUGUCAGAGACAGACUCCACGGUGACUGGACAGGAGCUACUGUGAUCCAUGCUGGUGUCCAGCUUCCACCUAGAGGAGUUCAGCUCUGAGUGCAUCAGCUCUGCCCUUGAGCACACAGUUGCAGGUCCAGCCUGGAGGCAGAUGCACAGAAAUCCUGCUGUGCCCUGGGGCAGACAGACCCCCAGGAGCAGUCAGUCCCUGCCCCAGGUUCAUCAGAUCAGCCCCGGUGAAUGAGAAUGAAAAUUAGGACCCAGCUGGCCAAACUUCGGAGAGUCUGGCAGUAAUUUUGGUGCAUGUUGAAGUGUGAAAGGUGUGAUUUCCCCCUUAUAGUGUGGGGAUAACCACUGGCCAUGCUGACCAGCCUGUCUCCAGCAUCCUGGAUCGUGGGCUGUGCAGGGAUGGGCAGGUUGGAGUCUCCAUGUCAGCAGAGUGCACACAGCCUUAAUUUUGCUUGUACUGCAACUUUCAAAACUAUUUUCUUUUCCUCUCCGUGUAAUUAGACAACUUCUGUAGCAUCUAGUCAUGUUGAUUGUCACUCUUGCAAAAAUCCAUCUCUAUUUUUAGCUAGGCUUGUACAUUCCAUAAGAUAGUGCUCUGGGAUGCUCGUUUCCCUAGGAAGAUGAUGCAAAAAAAGAUCAUUCUUUUCUCUCACCAGUGUUUCAUCUAAAUAAAGUAGCACUAUCAUAAGCUUUUGCUUUAGGAGAUGAACCAAAUCUGUAUCUCAAUUUUUCAGUAUUUACAUCAGAAUACUUUGAGCUGAUUCAAAAAACAUACCACAGAGAUUUUCUAAGUUAAUAAUAAUUCUCCUAAGGAAGCAAAACUACAUGUGCUGGCAGAUCCACUGAGAGAUAGUAACUUCUUCAGCUCAGCAAACAGCUUUCCUGAAAAGAAAAAGCUGAUCAUUAAAGAGAAGACAACAUUGAAAAUCACAUUAUUUCAACAGCCUCCUCAAGGGGAUGGUGGUUUUUUGGGAAGGACAGGAGUGUUGGCAGGAAUGUCAGGAUGACAGAUUGAAAGUAGAUGAAAAGGGGAAGAGAGGUGCUAAAUUGCUGACCCUCCUAGAGUGGGCAAAGAAGUGGAGUCUCACUCACUCACUCACUCACUCACUCACUCACUCACUCACUCACUCACUCUCAUACUCACUCUCAUACUCACUCUCAUACUCACUCUCAUACUCACUCACUCCCUCCCUCCCUCCUGCCAUCACCCAACCUGUUCCUGCACUCCCAGAUGCCCUGACUGCCUGCCCACAUCACAGGACAUAGAUCAGGGCUCUUCCAACCAAUGCUACCUGACCAGGAAAAAAACUUUCGCCCUUGUUUUUCUCCUCUUAAUUAACAGGAAAAGAGGGAGAGAUAGUAGGAUGGAUAGAUAAAAAAUUUGUAGUCCAUAUACUCACUUGUUGGUUCUGAGUAAAAAAAAUAAUCUAUGUAGAUAAACCACCAGGAGUGAAGGAUAAACACUGGACAUUAAACAUGAGACUGGCUGUAAAAUAAAAGGUGUCAUAUAGGAAGUGAAGAGUUAUUUCAGAAUUCAAGGAAUGCAGGUUGUUUAGAACUCAUUUUUCUUUUCCAUAAUAAUUUUGCCUAUUUUCAGAAGUGUCUUGAUACUUCAGUAAUAUACACACUGUUACUUAUACCCACAGAUGCUGGUAAGAAGUUUAGAAAAGUAACACACAAGUAAAGUAUUCAAAAAUAAAAACAAGAAAAUUAAGCUACCUGGUGUGGAAAACACAAAUUUGGGUAAGCAUUACUUGGACAACCAUAGAAUAUUUCCUCAAAUAACCCCCACACACUGUAAUGCAUGAAUCUAUUCUGUGUAUAUUGCUAUCAUAUCUGCAAGGAUUCUAUGUAAAAUUUGCCAUAAUAAAAAUUUACUCUACAUAACCUGUGGGAUUUAUUCCUUUGAAAUUAAGGUAUUGCUUAGGAGCAGAUUACC